UUGUGGAUUUUUGUGAUUUUAUUGCUACUCUACUGUCAGUACUCGACAUCUACGGCUUUGAAAGUUUAGAGAAGAACUCAUACGAGCAACUGCUCAUCAAUCUCACCAACGAGAGACUGCAGCAGUUCUUCGUAUCCAAGGUAUUAGACAGGGAGCAGCAGGCGUAUGAAGCUGAGGGAAUCCAAUGGGAAUCAGUACCGUUACCAGACGCCACACCAACGGUUCGAGUCAUUCAGUGA